CCGCCUCUCCCGUAGACGCCGCACGCAGCACCAGCACCCAGAGAUUAUUCAACGUGGUGUACUGACUAUCUGUUCUAAGAGAUUGACUUGCACUUCUGAAUCCUCAUGAUUUAUAGGCGAAGCAAGAUGCCGAGCACGCGGAAGAUGAUCCUGCAGCAUGUGAUGACUGACGUGAGCACCAAGAUGAACCGCACCAAGAAAAUGGGCAUGGACGUGCUGGAGACGCCGCUCAACCGCUGCCUCUCCACGCUGGACAUCACCCUCCUGGGAGUGGGGCACAUGGUGGGCGCGGGCAUCUACGUGAUGAUCGGGCCGGUGGCGCGCGACAUCGCGGGCCCCGGCAUCGUGCUGUCCUUCAUGCUGGCCGGCCUCACCUCGCUGCUUGCGGCUCUGUGCUACGCAGAGUUCGGCACGCGCAUCCCCAAGGCGGGCUCCGCCUACGUCUACACCUACAUCAGCAUCGGCGAGUUCUGGGCCUUCAUCAUCGGCUGGAACAUCAUCCUCGAGCACAUGAUAGGGGCUGCUUCGGUGGCGCGCGCCUGGUCGGGCUACGUGGACUCGCUGUCGGGGCGCGCCAUCAGCAACGCCACGCUGGCGCUGACGGGCGGCAUGCACGAGCCGCUGCUCGCGCCCUACCCGGACUUCCUGGCCGCCGCCGUCUGCGUCGCGUUCGCCGCGCUGCUCGCCGCCGGCGUCAAGGGCUCGGCGCUCGUCAACAGCCUGCUCACCGUCGUCAACCUGGCCGUCAUGGCCGUCAUCGUCGUCGUCGGCUUCUGGUACGCCCGCUUCGAGAACUGGGUAAUGGGCGGCUUCCUGCCCUACGGCCUGGCUGGCGUCACCACAGGCGCCGCUACGCUCUUCUACGCGUUCGUCGGAUUCGACAGCAUCGCGACGUCAGGCGAGGAGGCGAUGGACCCGAGCGUGUCGAUCCCGAAGGCGACGAUCGUGUCGAUGUCGGUGGUGACGCUGAGCUACGUGCUGGUGAGCGCGGCGCUGACCAUGGUGCAGCCCUUCUCGAGCAUCGUGCCGGACGCGGCGCUGCCCGAGGCGUUCGCGAGCCUGGGCCUGCCCUGGGUUCGCUGGGCCGUGGCCCUGGGCGCGCUGUCCGGCAUGACCACGACGCUGUUCGGCUCGCUGUUCGCGCUGCCGCGCUGCAUGUACGCCAUGGCCGCUGACGGGCUGCUCUUCCCCUGCCUCGGCCGCAUCAACCAGCGGACGCAGGUUCCCAUAAUUAAUUUAGCCAUAUCAGGUAUAUGCACUGGACUCAUUGCUGCAGUAUUCGACUUAAAGAAACUUGUUGAAUUCAUGUCCAUUGGUACACUGCUGGCCUACACCAUUGUGAGUGCAUCAGUAAUUGUUCUUCGCUAUCGACCACCCACUCCUGAGGAAACUGCUGUCUUGGGGCUGGAAAUAACAUCAGAUGACAGCUCACAAUCCAGUUUUGAUCUGAGCUGGCCACAAGCUGAGAUGUUGGAGCUGGUGUCAGCAGGGCACCUUAAAUCCAGUUUCAAUUGGAUGAGGCCAUUGGUCGGUGGCUGUUCCCCAGGCAGUGCUGUGUCAGGAGCAAUCUUUGUAUUCAUUUGCCUCAGUGUAGCAUUUGCUGUGCAAGUUCAGCUUUGUGAGAAUGAGCUUCGUGCAGGAGUUUGGUGGGCUGUUCUGAUGACUUCCUUCUUGUUUUUCUGCCUCUGUGGAUGUGUUUUGGUUAUGGGCUCUCAUCAACAAAAUACAUUAGGUCUGCGUUUCAAGGUGCCCUACGUUCCUAUAAUACCAUCACUGAGUAUUUUCUUCAACAUUGCUCUCAUGGUGAAUCUUCCUUCACUUACCUGGGUACGAUUUGUAGUGUGGAUGGCAGUAGGUCUACUGGUCUAUUUUCUUUAUGGCAUUCAUCACAGCAAAGAAAGUGAUCAUGCAAGCUCAUAUUCUAUCCUGAUGACUUCAUCAGAAGCUGGUAAGAUUAAAUGGGGAUCUACAUAUAACACACAGCAAAUCAAUCCAGUGGUACUAUCACAAAUUAAAAUUGCCCCAAGUGCAAAAGAUAUUACUACCAAUGAAAAGAAGCCUAUAGUGGCUCAGGAAGAAGUGCCAAAGUAAUUAUAUUGAUACUCAAUGAUGCUUUCAUGGGGAUGGGAAACAGAAAGCAGCAUAUAAUUCUUUAAUGUUUCCAGUAUGAUAUAUUUUAAAAAUGUAUUGUUGAUAUUGUUGGAAGCCCAAUCUGACUCCUAAAUGUUGUUUAAAAUUAGUCAUUUAUAUAACAAGGAAAAGUACAUAAUAUAUACAUUACAGUUAAGUUUUUAGACAUGUGUGUUAUAGAUUAACAAAUUGACAAUAUUUACACAAAAUCAGUUAUGGGGAAUGUACACUGGUAUCCAAAAUUAAAGCAACAAAUGGAAAAGUUGCAAGGUUGUGUUUAUUUUGCCACAAAACAGUACAAACAGCUGAUAGCAAAGUAGAAACUGUGUAAAGAAUACAGAAUGUGAACAACUGCAACCUAAUUAACAGUAGAUGAGAAUUUUCUUCAUUUUUUCUAACUUAACAGAUUUGCACACACAUUGCAACAACUGGUUAACGUGCUCAUCGUGGCGUGUGACCACCUCUGACAGCAAUAAAGGCCUGACAACAAUGGCGCAUGUUGUGAAUAAUGUCAUCAGUGUCAUGUUGAGGCAAUAAUGCCCAUUCUUCCUGCAGAGCUACUCUUAAGUCUUGAAGAGUGGCUGGUGGAUGUUGAUGUGAUGCAACCUGUGUCCCUAGUGUAUCCCAGAGAUGCUCUAUAGGAUUCAAAUUGGGAAAGGGAGCAGACACCAUGAGUACAGAUCUUCCAUUUCCAAGAAAACAUCAACCAUUCAUUCCCUAUGAGUUCGAGCAGUAUUGUCCACCAAUAUGAAGUCUGGGUGCACAGCACCUCACAACAACUGUACAUGAGAUCCUAAGACUCGUCAUGGUACCUGACAGCAGCUAAACCUUUCCGAUUCACCCAUACAAUUUCAUGAAGAGGUGUUUGAUUGGUGAUUCUCCUAGAUAUCAGUCUCUUUCUACAAUGUCUGGGUCUCAAAAUCAUAUUCCACAUUCCCUUCAGAUGUGAAUCCCUCAAGAAUUGCUCUCCAUACUAAACUGGGACUCGUCUGUACAUAGCACAUCAGCCCACUUUUCAACUGUCCAGGUGGCAUGUUGACAACUCCAAUCUAGACAUUCCUUCUGUGAAGACAUGUUAAAAGCACACAUGCAGCAGGUCUCUGACUAAAUGUCACUCUGGUGGAGGCCUCAUCUACAUUGUUUUCCUUGAUACAACAUGUCCAGUGGAUGCUACGAGGUCUGAUGCCAGUUGCUGUGCAGUACUAAGGCAGUAUUGUCUUGCCCUUACCACCAAAUAACAGUCCUCUCUGUCUGAUGUCACACACGGCUGGCCCUGCCCUCUCGGGGAUACAGUUUAAGUCUCUAUAAGCUGUUGCCACAUCCAAGAAACAACAGAAUGAUUCAUGUUAAGUCAGCAGGCCCCAUGAGUUAGUGACUGCCCUCCUUCCAUUCUUCCUAUGGCCCUCCACUGCAGAGAGCCUGGUGGGGAUCUUCUCUGUGUCAUACUGCAGUGUCUGUGACUGUGCACAUAGUAAUUGUGGCUCUGGCAGUACCUGGAACCAACAGGUGCCAUUGUUGGCAUCAUUUUCCAUUGACCAAAUGCUACCUUCUGUGCAGAACACAGUUGUACAGACAUCUAUUGACAGUUUGUAUGAUUAAAUCAUGAAUUGUCAUUUGUUGUGUUAAUUUUGAACAUCAGUGUAUAUUUCUGUUAUAACCAUAACAAACCAUUUAGCUCAGUGUCUGAAAUGAAUUGGUGUUGACUGUAACUAUAGUAAUAACUUUUUUUUAAAUAACAUAAGUGUAUUGAAGCUAUACAAAUAAUCACUUUGCAAUUCUGUGUUUAGUUGCAGACUGAAGGUUAUACGUGACAGUGGUACAUCUUAAAACACAGCUUUUAUUCGUGUUUGCACAGUUUCAUAGAUAGCUACUGAAUGUGAUAGUAUAUAAUUUGAUUGAUAUAGGCCAUAAGGGUACACCUAACAUAAACUAUAAUGACAGGAUAAAAUGAAGAGGGGAUGCAAAAAGUCAUUUCAAGAUACAAAUAUACCCAAGCACAAAAGGAAGGACAGUCAAUGUUAUCCUCUCUCUACUGUCUUAGUAAUGUAAUAACACUGUUUAUUUUAUUUCCUUCCAAUCUUGUCUAUUAAAGUAUUGGUGACAUAUGUACCUUCUUCUUUUCUUUCCCAACUAUUGCUUAGUGAGUAUUAGAGAAAAGGCUCUAAAUAAUUCAAAUUUAAUGAAUUUUUUUUUUCUCCACUACUCUUCUGUCAAUAGUCCCAAGUUUAACUUCAUUGAAUGUGUAGACGUAUCAGUGAAAUGCAUGAUCAAAACAUGCUCAAAGUGUGCAGUAUAAUGUAAAAUAUAUAAAUA